UCUCAGUGCAACCAUUUGCAUUCACCAUUCAUGUUGUCCUAAGCCCCUUUUAGCUGUUUUGAUUUAAUUAAACGAGAUUCAAUUAGCACGUCGAUUGGUAUCGCCGCGUCUUUGGAAAAGAGCCCGAACAAAAGAAUGUCAGAAGUGCACAAUGCGUUUCAAGAAUAGGGCCACUUAUUCGCCGGAGGACUGUAGACAAAUUCUGACAUCCCAAAAAGCUUCUUUUUGAUUUUUUUCUUCCUUUUAUUCAGAAUUUCAACAGUAUUUCUUUUUCUUCAACAGCCCAUAAAGAAUAGUCCGACUGUGCGACAGUAGGCAGGCAGGAAGCUCCCGGAAAGUGUCCGUCUUUGACUCGGUCCGCACCGUGUCGCAUCGGGUCAAAGUGUUCAUGCGGUGUGAACGAAUUGUGCGAGAGGGCGAACGGGCAUUCGUACGAGGGGGCCGCCGUCCCCCUGAGGCGGUCGGGGGACCACGGCAGUGAUGCAUUGUGGUCCCUCGGGUGCCCGCUCGAGGUUGUGAGCUGUGUUGUCGCCCCCUCCUCCCCCUCCCUCCCUCCCAGCUCUCCAUGCUCUUCACCGAGGAGUGCGACAAGGUGCGCGACCUGAUGCACGUGCACUCCUUCAGCUACGACUUCCACCUGCGCGUGGUCCACCAGUACCUGGUGGGCUGCCACAUGACGCUGCGCCAGGGCUACCAGCUCACCGGCUUCCUGGAGGACUUCAUCGCCCACCACCCCGACAUCCCCAAGUUCGGACGCAACCACGUCUUCCAGGGAAGCUUCUCCAUCUCGACGGGGAUGAUCACGGCCCACCAGCUGUACAAUUACGUCACGGACCACGCCGGCACCUACGGCAUGAAGCCGCUGCGCAUGUCCAAGGCGGCCGCCCCCGCCGACGGCAGGAAGGGGGCGUCGAGCGGCGACUUCCACGAGUACGCCCUGGUGGCCCUGUGGAACAGCUCCGGCUCCUACAAGGAUCUGGAAGGCCUCCGUCACCAUGACGACUUUGAUGUGUCCCUGUUGGUGUGCCACAACGCCGCUCCGUUUGAGGAGCAGUCGGAGGGCGAGAGACAUUUGCUGAGGCUGCGCUACUACGUGAUCAUGACCAGCCAGAGAGAGCUGUUCCCCAGGCUGACGGCAGACAUGCGCCGCUUCAAGAAGCUUCCGCAGAUCUACCGCGACGCCGCCGACCCGGCGGGCCGGACGCCCCUCGACCGGGCCGACACGGGGGGGGCCUGCGAGCCCGAGCCCGACCUCUGGGAGGAAACGACCGCCGCCGCCGCCGCCUCGGCCUCCCCCGCCUCCACCCCCAGCGACGGCAACGAGUUCUACCCCCUGGUGGGCUCCUCCGGGUCCGGCUCGGAGGCCCAGGGCCUGCUCUACCCCUCCCCCCUGUUCCCCCUGCUCAACUGCGAGGUGGCCACGGCGCGGCGCCACAUCCAGACCAGCGUGGAGCAGGCCAUGGGCCACUGCCGCCGGGACAACCUGUGGCGGAGGCUGUUCCACGGGGAGCACCUGGCCCUGGACAAGCUGAAGCUGAGCAAGCUGUCCUUCUCGGAGCUGGAGGAGUUGCUGAACGCCGUGCAGAGCCGCUCCGUGGGCGAGAUCGACCCCCAGCUGGACUGCUUCCUGACCAUGAGCCCCAGCUGGUACCAGAGUCUCAUCAAGGUCCUGCUGUGCCGCUUCCCACAGAGCUGCCGGCACUUCGACGACAACAGCAUCCAAUAUCUGGCUGUUUUAAACCAGAAGUUUACUGACUGCUUUGUCUUGGUUUUUCUCGACACCCAGGCAGGAAAAACUAGCUUCAAAGUUGUUUUCAGGGAACCGUUGCCAUCCCAACAGCAGCCUAGCAACAGCCCCCCGCCCCAGCUGGUGUCGAUGUACCACCACUUGGAGUCCGUGAUCAACACGGCCUGCUACAACCUGUGGACCGGCCUGCUGUGAGGAGAGGGAGGGACGAACACCGAGAUUCCGGAUGCGUCAUUGGUCGGCCGAGUUGGUUUUGUCGAAUCGGGUAGCCCCAUCUGCUUCGACGAAAAGCGCGACGCCUGCCCCUUGGAGCUGAGACCUGUCCUGUAUGGUUUAGCCCUUUUCUCCCUCUCCCAUCAGCACACCGAGGAGAGCUGGUGUGCACGCACGCAAUAGACCCCACUGUCUCUGCCCCGUGUCCUAUGCCUGAUCACCCCAAGUACUUGAAUGAGUCCUCUCCGCGUUCUUUCGAAGGGUUGAGGCCCAUUUCUGCCGGCGGCGGGCGACGUAGCCCACCCGCGGGCCGACCGGUGUUUACCUGACGAGGAGGCACUUUACUGACUGACGGGGACUCGGGUGAACACUACCUCACGGGGGGGGAAGGGAGAGUUCUGACGAUGUGCACUGGACGUUUAUUUAUGCAACGCUCCCCUUUCGAAUGACCGACUGUCUGCGUCUGGCUCUGACCUCCUGAAAGGGGGGGGGGGGGGGAUUUGUGCUCUUGCAGAAAAGGGAAGGUUUUAUUUGUGUGUGUGUGUGUGUGUGCCCCUUCAGAGCCUUACUACUGUUAUCACGAUGCCGUUUUGAAGUU